AUGUCGCAGACCUUCCCCGACUACUACGCCAUCCUGGGCGUCCCCGAAUCCGCCACCUUUGACCAAAUCAAGACCGCAUACAAGCGCAAGUCGCUGCAGUGCCACCCAGACCGCGUCCCUCCCGGCCCCUCAAACGACGCCCGCCGCCGCGCCGCGACAGUCGAGUUCCAAGCCGUCGCCGACGCACACUACACGCUGUCCGACCCACACCGACGACAAGCAUACGAUGAGCUGAGGCAGGCGAAUCGCAGUCGGUGGACGGACGCGGCGGACGACAGCGGGAACUUUUGGUCCUUCUUUGGCGGAGGUGCGGGAACGAGUGCGGCGGCGGAGGAAGAGCCCGAGGAGCGCGAGCGGCCAGAUGCGGAGUACGUCUUUGGCAACGUCUUCGAGGACAUGCUGAGGCCCGAGGUGAACCGGGUCUUGCCGUUGUGGACCUGGUCGGGCGCGGCGGCUGGAGCGGUGAUUGGAUUCAUCGCAGGCAACCUCCCCGGCGCAGCAAUCGGCGCAUUCGGCGGCUCGAAGCUCGGCGCGAUCCGCGAUGCCAAGGGCAAGUCAGUCUACUCGGUCUUCAAGGACCUCCCGCAGACCGAGAAGGCGGAAGUGCUCGCGGCGCUGGCGAAGCAGGUGUUUGGGAUGAGCGGGCUGGGACGAGGCGCGAAGAAUUGA